CUGAUACCCAAAGCCCUCGACCCCCACCCACCCAAACUUCGGCCGAGUAACCCCUCUUCCUUUUCGCCGCGGCUCAGUUACCCCCCUAAAGCCAUGAUCGGGGUGUGCGAUGGCUUCUCACGACACUCCCCUCCGCAGUCCCCCAGGGGUUGGUGACGGCGGGGACGCGAGACCCCCGGUGACUGAAAGGACCCCGGCGCGGGCGCGGGCGCGGGAGGGGGGGCGGAGCGCGCGUCCCUGAAGUCCCACCCCGGGGGCGGUGCCGGCCGGGGAGUGUCAGGAAGAGGAAGCGCGCGGCGCGCGGCGAGCGGCGAGCGGCGAGCAGGGUACGGGCCGAGUAGCGCCGCGCGGGCCACCAUGGCCACGGACGAGCUGGCCACCAAGCUGAGCCGGCGGCUGCAAAUGGAAGGCGAGGGCGGCGGCGAUGCAGCAGGGCAGCCGGGCCUGAACGGAGCGGCGGCUGCCGAGGGCCCCGGGGCGCCCGACGAGGCGGCCGAGGCGCUGGGCAGCGCGGACGACGAGCUGAGCGCCAAGCUGCUGCGGCGCGCGGACCUCAACCAGGGCAUCGGAGAGCCCCAGUCGCCCAGCCGCCGCGUCUUCAACCCCUACACCGAGUUCAAGGAGUUCUCCAGGAAGCAGAUCAAGGACAUGGAGAAGAUGUUCAAGCAGUACGACGCUGGGCGAGAUGGCUUCAUUGAUCUGAUGGAGCUAAAGCUCAUGAUGGAGAAACUUGGGGCUCCCCAGACCCACCUGGGCCUGAAGAACAUGAUCAAGGAAGUGGAUGAGGACUUUGACAGCAAGCUCAGCUUCCGGGAGUUUCUCCUGAUCUUCCGAAAGGCGGCAGCCGGGGAGCUGCAGGAGGACAGCGGGCUGCACGUGCUGGCCCGCCUCUCCGAGAUCGACGUCUCCACUGAGGGCGUCAAGGGUGCCAAGAGCUUCUUCGAGGCCAAGGUGCAGGCCAUCAAUGUGUCCAGCCGCUUUGAGGAGGAGAUCAAGGCGGAGCAGGAGGAGAGGAAGAAGCAGGCAGAGGAGCUGAAGCAGCGGAAAGCGGCCUUCAAGGAGCUGCAGUCCACCUUCAAGUAGACAGGCCACAGCCACUGCCUGGCCCUGUCCUGGCCGCGCAGGCAGGCGAAAGAGGGGGAGGGUAUGCGUGGGAGGCAAGCACAGUCCGCUACUGAAAACCUAAAUUGUGAAUGGAGCUCAUCCAGGGGUCUCUCAAACUGCCCGGCCACUGCCUGUUCCCUUCUGCUGAUCCUGCGGCUGCAACCCUAGUGCCACCCCUGCCUGGCCCAGCCUCCCUGGCCACCCCUGCACCUCCCAACCCUGGCCCAAGGUUCCUCUGUGCUCACGUGCCUGCCUGCCCCCUCACCCAUCCCCUGUCCCAUCCACCUGUUCUAACCAGCAGGCUGAGCCCCCCACUGCCCCUUACCGGACGGGAGGAGCAGACACAAGAAGGAUCACUGCUGUCGCCUUACAGCAGGACCCAUGGGGCCCACAGCAGGCACAAGACCCCACCCCAGGGCCUUUCCUCCAGCUCUGCCCCUCUGCCUGCUGGAUGGGAAGGGUAUUUUGGUGAAGGGACCCAGGCCCUGGCACUCCACGAUGAUAUGGAGAUGGGGCCCAGCCCGGCAGGGUGAGGGGUCACUGUGCCAAUCUACCUCACCGGCCUGCACUCUGCCAGGCCUCAUGGGGUGAAACACUGCUCCCUAACAUGCCCUGAAGGUCCUGGGGGGCUGUGGAGGGAGAAGGGUAUGGAGGAAGGUCUGGGCCCCUAGGAAGGAGACUGGCGCCACCCCCACUCCUUGGGCCCCCCCAGAUGGGCUGGAAGUGUCUGCACCACUGCGGGGAGCAGGGCCUGGCCCCUUUCACACCCUCCUUCCCAAGGGAUGCCCCCGCUUUGUCACCAGCGGCUCCUGCUUGUCACACCUGCCCCUAGGACACAUGGGGGCCCCCAUGCCAUCGCCAGAUGGGCCAAGCCCCCCCAUGCACUCGCUCACGUGUGUGUGUCUGUGUGUGUCCGUCUGUCUUGCUGUGUCGUGAAACUGUGACCGUCACCCAGUCCAGACAAGUGAACCCAGUCCAGACAAGUGAACGGCCUUCAAGGCCACAGUUAUGCAACUUUCGGUGUGCGUCAUGACAGCGUCACGCUUUUUAAACUCGAUCAAUCGAUAACUCUUUAUUUUAGUAUACUCCCCCGGAGCGCCCGGAGCUCCCUCGGGACUCAAAGAGGUUUUAUUUUUGUGGCCUCAGAACCUGCAGAACGUCGGCGGUGCCUAGCCCGUGCGCAGCCUUCUCCCUGGAUUGCGUUUGCCUUAGCAGAUAUGUUUAUACAGAUGAAUAUAAAUCUCCUUUUUCUUUUGGCUUUUGGCUUUUUAUAUUUUUUUUUCAUUCCUUCUCACCCUCCCCCCAAAAAAGCUACUUCUUCAUUCGGUGGUACGAUUAUUUUUUUUAACUAAAAUAAGAUAAAAUUCUA